UGAGACUGACCGUGCCAGCCAUCGGCGUUCCUUCCCCCGCCGCCGAAAUAGAAAUCACGCCCUAGCUCGAAGGCAAUGGCGCCACCGCCGCUAGCCACGGCGGCGGCGGCGGCCGAGGAGUUCUUGGAGGUGCGCUGCGCGGGGUGCGAGGAGACGUUGGAGGUGGAACGGGGGCUGACGGAGUUCGUCUGCCCCGACUGCGGCACGACGCAAUCGCUCCCUCCGGAGCUCAUGCCGCGGCCCCGGCGGAGGGCGCUGCCCCUGCCGCGAGGCGCUGCGGGCGCACGCGGGGCCAGGCUUCCGUGCGGCGCCUGCGGCGAGCUCCUCAGUGUGCCGGUCGGGCUAUCGCGCUGCGCCUGCCCGCUCUGCGGCGCCCAGCUGGCCGUCGACUCCGCGCGCGUCCGGGACUACAUCCUCUCCUCCGCCGAGGCGGCCGUCGUGCCGCUCGCCGCCGCAUCUGUCCCACCGAUUGUUGCUGCUCGGGAGAAAUGGCAAGAGCGUCCUAGUUAUGCAAUGCGCGCAGGGCUACCACGAGCAGAACCUGAUGAACAACAGGGGUAUACUGAUCAUAUGAUUGAUGGAGAACAAAUACAUAUGGCAAAUGAGAAUGUUGCAAAUAAUAGCCUUCAGAGAAAUCGACUGCCCCUUGGCCGUCGUAUUGUAGGCAACAAGGAGAGACAAGCUUUGCCUCUAAAUGAGGUCAGAGAUCAUGUAAAUGAUCAGCACCCUAGUUACACUAUGCAGCCAAAGCGAGCACAGCUGGCACGCUUGCAUAGAGUCACUCAUUCAGAGGAGAUACAGGAUGGACUUCUCAGCCAUGAAGUUUAUGGAGAGGCGAGACAUACUGAACUGAUAGAUGAGGCUACUGCAACUCAUAGAAACCAGAGAGUCGGAUGCUCCGUUAGCCCCCAAACUGUAAGUAUAGGGGAGAGGCAUAUGAAGACUCCUGCUCAGAGCAUACAGCAGGUGCACAAACAGCCUUUUCAUGAGAGUCAUGCAGAAGGUAGUCAGUUAUACUGUCUGGAUCUUGAUGGGGUGGUUCAUCCACCUAUCAACCAAGCAAAACAUGGAGAAGAGGCAUCUACUGAGAUGAUCAAUAAAACACUUUCGAGGGAGAGCAUUCGGCCAACUGGAUGCGCUGUUGAACCCAACUCUGUUAAUGUAGAGAAGAGAAAGGCAUCGACGACAAAUCAGGCAAUUCGUGAGCAUAUCAGUCCUGCAACUAAUAGAGAAGCCAUGUGGUCUCUUCCUAUAAAGGAGACUACUGCAUCGUGUAGUAGCAAGCAGAAAAAAUCAAAGUUAGCUAAUGCUAAGACUAUUGGCAAGAAGAGACAUCUAGAACCACUGAACCACAUACAGCAGGCAGCUAAUGCUAAGACUAUUGGCAAGAAGAGACAUAUAGAACCACUGAACCACAUACAGCAGGCGGAAGGACAGACCUCUGAUAGCCGUAGUCAUGGAACCCAUGUCGACUUUGAGAGUCAAAGUAAGGCUAAUGAGAGGCCUGGCAACACCUCGGCUCUUAAGGAGCGGGAACAGGUUACACCUCCGAAUAAGCUGGCUGAUCUAAAACAGAAAAAUGUACGCACUAAUGAUGAAACCCAGAACGAGCAGAUUGAAGUUAAUGUUUCCAAGCAGACUAGUGGUUGGAGUUGGACUCAGAAGAAGAAUAAAAAAGGCUCAAUAGCUUCAUCAAAUGCAGGGCUUCAGCUUAGACAUAGUAAACGUUUGGCCAAAGAUUCAGCUGCUGCUAUAGAAAAUGAACCUCUAGAAAGUGACCCUGGUGACCUGCAGGAUUUUGGUCCUAAUGUCCAAGUGCCAGCAGAUGCCAUGGAUGACGAAUCAAUUGAAUGGGAGCCUCUUCAGCAGUGUCCUGCCUCUCCAGAUUGUGAAGUGUCAGUUGCCAGGACAGACACUGAAUCUGUAGAAAGUGAGAACGAUGAGCAAUAUGCUGUAUCUCCAGAUGAAAGCUUGUCUGAUUCUGACUAUCCAUACAGUUAUAGAAUGAGUGCUGGUCUUUACCCUAGCACACCGUCUGCGCAUAAGUUGCCUCAAGAAAACUCUGAUGAACUAGAUGACCUUGAUUUAACAACAACUCCUUCAAAUACUGAUAUGUCUGACCCUGAGCAUUUUGCGCGGAAUUAUUGUCGGUUAUUACCUCUAGAGGUCAGAAGGGCCCUUGCCAAGAAGAAAUAUAAUGUGUUCCAUGACCGUCUGACACCUGAGGGUUCCAAUAAGGUAUCCCUGCACGAUAUAACUGAUUCUGAAGAGCAGCAACAAGGUAAAAAGGGACACAAAGCAGGAGGUAAUCUUUGUGUCAAAAUGUGGACCUUGCCUGAGGGUGUACGGGUACCAGUCUCCUUGAACACUUUGGGCCUGCCAAUUGGAGAAAAUGCAAACAUGUUGAUUUACUUUCUAGGCGCACUAGCACGAGAUGGAAUAUUGGCGCCUCUCACAUAUAUAAGUUGGAAAAAUAUUCCAAAGGAGAACAAGGAUGUUAUGUGGCACAUUGUUAAGCUUAAAUUUGAUAUUGAUCCACCUCACGAGUUGUCGGUCCUGAGGUCCAUAAGAAACAAGUGGCGGGUUUGGAAAUCUUAUUUAAAACGGAAACACUAUGAUUCUCAUACAACUGAAGAGGAACGCCUUGCUGAUCGAGAUCCUCAUGUCUCAAAAGAACAAUGGCGAGUCCUUGUUGCAUAUUGGAAUACCGAAAAGGCAAAGGCCAGAAGUGCUGCAUCUAAAGCUUCUCGAGCCAAAUCAACCUAUGUCGAUAAAAUUGGAUCCAAGAGCUUUGCACGGAUGCAUCAGGAAGAGUCACGAUCCAGUGACCCAUCUCUCGAGAAUCCCGAAGGGUCAGGAGAUGACUAUGCACCUGCCAUGGGUGCAAAAAGGAGGGCUAGUGCACGCACGUAUACACCUGGGCCCUCCACCAAAGACCUACAGGAAAGGUCAGACCCGCAAGCUGCAAGGGCCAAACGAAAGGCUGGAGAUGAAGUCUCCACACCGAGAAAGAAGGUGGUAGUAACAGAGGAAAGUCGCCCCAAAAACUCUCAGGAAAAUGCAGUCUUGGAAGCUGCGAGGGCUAAAAGAAAAGCUGAAGAUGAGGCAGCCGCUCUAAGGAAGAAGGUGAUAGUGAUGGAGGGAAGUCAGAAAAAGCUGCAGGAGGACUUGGCAAGAGUGACAAACGCAAUGAGUGCUAUGCAGAAGAUGAUGUCAACUGGUGGCUUACCAAAUGGAAUAAUGGGCGAACCAGUGAUGCCACCAAGUUUCCAACAGGAACCAAAUGAAGCGAGUUCCGAUGAUGUUUUGGAGCCGCAUAUUGUGUACUCAGGGCUACGUCAUCCUUCCUCGCAUAAUCAACGCACUCAAAGAGAUGGAAUGUCGGGAUUGUGGUUGUUGAAUGGGGACAUUGAUAGGGGUCAUCGUGCUGCGAUAUGGUAUGAGCGCAAACUUGAGCCUCUGGUCACUCGCACUCCUAAGGAAAACUGGAUGAUACACUCAGGAUGGCUUCAGCGGUUGAAAUGGGCUGGCCUUUUACCUUUCGCGCGUCUGGUUGAGUCUAUCCCGGGUGAGAAACGCCUCGCCAUCGAUGGGUCCUUGCUGAGCUGCUUAGUGGACCGUUGGAGGCCAGAGACCCACACGUUUUACUUCAGAUGGGGAGAGAUGGCUCCUACUCUGGAGGAUGUGUCACUUUUGCUCGGACUACCGUUGGCAGGUCAUGCCGUAGGACCGUUGGAUGCACCGGCUGGUUGGGAGCGAGCUCUUACACAACGUUUUCAUGGUGUUUUUCCGGAUGCUCCGGAUCCGGUAUGGAAGCAUCACGGACCUAAGUAUGAGUGGUUGCUAAAUUUCUGGAUCCAGAACUUCCGGGCGCCGUUGACUGCGGAACAGAUCAUUCGGAGCCUGGAGGCCUACUUAAUGUGGCUUUUUGGUAAGGUGAUGUUCACGGAGAACCAUGUCACCACUAUUAGCGCGCUCUACAUCCCUAUGGCACUCGAGAUAGCGAGCGCUCAGACGGCGGAUCAGAUCAGACAGAGGAGUUGGGGUUCGGCGGUCUUAGCAGCUACAUACCGAGGUAUGUGCAACGGUUGCCAGCUUACAUCGAGAAAGCCAGCCCUUCUUGGAUGCCCUCUAUUCCUACAGCUGUGGUCGUGGGAGAGGUUCUCUAUAGGGCGACCAGAUGUACGUGUUCAUAAGCCUAUAGACGCCAUGUUUGAUGUUGACGGCAUCGACAUGCCUACUUUCGGUCUGUGUUGGACACGUCGCGAGAGACGCUUUGCUAGUGAUCAGACCAGGAAGGCAUACACAGCAUUGAACGAGCAGUUCGAUGCGUACACCGGGGUCAUCUGGCAGCCCUACACGGAAGCAGCCAUACAAGCGAGAUACCCUGGUGGUAUGUCUGUGCUAUGCACAAGGGACCGAGAUUACUGGAUGACAAAAUCUAAGAUCAUCUUCGAUGUCUUCGUCGAGGAGAUGGCACAACAGAGGGUUAUGAGGCAAUUUGGUCUUCUGUAGUUGGAGCUACCUCCCCCUAUAGAGAACCCGGUGCCAGCACACAUCCACAGGACGACAAGGAAGGGCAUGACCAGGACAACUGCUGACUGGCUAGUUAGACUAGAGCCGUAUGUUAUAGAAUGGGAGACAGCAAACACAAAUCUAUGGCACGAGAAUCACAAUUUCGAUCUCGAUGAAUUCAA